AUGCCUCUACCAUUCUUCCUUCAACCACUACUUUUAGUGGCAUAUUACCAAGAACAAUUAGCGCAAUGGAUCGCAAGAUGGCUUCAACGAAGCAAUGAACAAUUGUUUGGGCCCUUGGAACAGUUGGUAGCCGCGGUGGUCAUCCUUGGACUAGCGAUGCAAGCUCCUCCGCCAUUUUGGACACCUCCAGUACUCCCACCGAUCAUCAUGAAUAAUACAGACUUACCUCCACUAGCUCUCAGUCCGGGGCCAAUUCCCGACCGGAAUCUGUCAACAAUAUCAACAGGAAAUAUUCUCCUCGAUAGGAUUUAUGACCACCUUCCAGGAUGGCUUCAGAUUAGUCCAGUCAACAUCGCCCUUGUUCUGCUUGUAUUCAACCUAGGUACUAUGAUGAUGGGUGAUGAUCUGAGAAAGAGAUUGAAGGAAUCUUGGGGUCUCUUCUGGCCACCAUGGCAAGAUCGCCGUAAAGUCAACUCUACUUCAAAUUCACAAGUGAGAUUUGAUAAUCCCGAAAGCUCUUCGAGCAAUACCAGUAGAAAGGCCGAAUUGGAAAAGGCAAGAGAGGCCAAAGCUCCCAGUGCAGACCCCUCCAGAUCUGCUUCAGCGGAUAAGACGAAAGGAUCUGAAGGUGCCACACCAGAUUCCAAAAUGGUCAAGAAUGAUGAUGAACGGCCUAAAGAAGGAUCGGGGUUGACUGAGUCUGAAAAGGCUCGAAAGGCUAAAGACUUGCAGUCGGACAAGGAUAGAACAAUUAUUGAGCCUGUUGCGAAAGAUAAAGGUAAAAGCCGGAUGGAAGGUGAAAGGCCUGGAGAGUCAAAUCCUGCUUCCGGAAGCACACCAGCGUCUUCAGAUAAGACAGACAAAACGCUCAAGGAACCUGCUGAUAGUACGAGCCCAAGAACUCUUGGUGACCAUGAGAGUAAAGACAAAGCUAAAGACUCGUCUCAAUCCGAUACCGAUAACGUUACCAGAAACACUUCAUCUUCAUCACGAUCCACCAGUGGUAGUGGUAUCGAUACAGAAGAUGAUCCGUUGAUGUCAGGCGAUUAUCGCCCCCUCAAAUCAGUACUGAAAAAAUCAAAAAAGAAACCUAAACAAAGUAAGAAUAUUCAUCAUAAUUUCUUUAUGACCAUGAGAGGCUAUCGGCCUUCUCUUAUUCCUUUCCCACAUGGUUUUCAUCCCAAACCUCAAGAUCCCAGGAAUACGCUUUGGUGGGAUAAUAUACAGCGCAGUGCCGAUCACAUCAUGGCGUUACCGAGAGUACCCAAGGAGCCCGAAAAUAAGAAUGAAGAUGAGGAUAAGAAAGAGAAGAAGGUGGGUCAGGAGAAGGUUAAGGGUGAAGAUGAGAACAAAGAUACAGAUAAAGAAAAUAAGAGCAAAAGUACGAAAAGUACGAGUGAUGAGAAGAAUCAAGGCAAUGCCAGUACCAACGAAAAGGAUAAAGAGAAAGAACGAGCCAAAUCGAAGGCCGAGGCUGAAGCUAAAGCUAAAGCCGCUGCUCAAAAGGAAGCCGAAUUGAAAGCCAGAGCCAAAGCAGCUUCUGGCUCUUCUUCACAGCCUGAUGCGGUCGUAAGAGUACCUGUUGAUCCAAAAAUCCAAAAAGCUACAUAUCUAAGUCAGGGUAUUUUAAGUAUUCUACUAUAUUACUUGAACCCUCAACUCGGUUUCCUCCUUCUCACUUUCUUCGCAUGGCAGUAUAUCAAUUCUCAUAACGAUCUAAUCCUAUCUCUUCGAGGGUCGGACUUGACCACUUCUUCGUCAUCCUCACCCAGCUCGAGCAGAACAACAAAUUCGAAUUCAGCUACGAGCAGUGCGCCAUUACCCGAUCAAGGCAGAGUAUCUCCUGAGAAACCUGAGAAGCCCUCGAAUAACGCAGCGAAAAUUGCCGAGCUUGAGAAAUUGAUCAAGAAACUCAAAUCAUUACCUGAAAUAUCACCUGAGCAUAAAGAGAAAUUACAGAGAGCUAUGAUUAAGCGUAAACAACUCGUUGAUGAAGAUGCAGCUGCGACAAGAGAACCACAUUCAGAAGAUGAAAGUAAUACGUCACCAAAGAAGAAGGACGGUGAGGAAGUAGAUCAUGGGAAAGGGGAAAAGAGAGAGAAAGUUAUUUUUGUCAUUGAAAACUUAGAGGAAAAAGCGAAAGAAAUGGACGAUUAUGUGAUAAAGUUUCGAUCGAUCGAGAACCCAAGUGAAGAACAGAAAUCUAAACUUAUCAAAGCGGAAGAGAGGAGAAAAGCACUUUGGAAGCAGGUCAGGACGUUGAAAGGUAAUGAGCCUGCUUCUAUGAUGCCAUCCACUCCCCGAAGCGAACAAGAACAUGCCAAUGCAAAACCCCAAUCGAAAGAGAGUCGGGAGGUGGACAACUUGGAGAAGAAAGCAAGACAAUUAGACGAGUAUGUUAUGAAAUAUCGUAAUAUUGAAAAUCCAACGUAUGAACAGACAGCCAAACUUGCCAUAGUAGAUGACAGGCGUAAGGAGUUAUGGAGUCAGGUUAGAAAAUUAAAAGGGAACGAGCCUACUUCGUUCAUGCCUAAAUCCACUGACGACAAACAGCAAGAACUAAACGGGAAAAUCAAAGAGAUCGAAAUGUGCAUUGUGAAGUAUAAGAAAUUGGAAGAUCCUUCCAAUGACGUGAAAGAUAAGGUAAUCAGGGCUGAAGCUAAACGAAAAGCUCUGAAGAAGGAAUUGUUAGAUUUGGUAGAAAAGACCGGUGGGGGCAGUAGUGGGCUGACUAUUGAUGAAAAAGAAUCUCUAGCUCGACCGGAAAGCUAG